GGAGAUUAUAAAAUGGUAGCGCUUCCACUAGGAUCACAGAUAAGCAGAAUGAUUUUGAUGUGUUUCCUGGUGCUGCAUCAGAAGACAGGAUCACUCCGAGACAACACAGUGUCUAACCUGUCCACACACACUGCUGGAGUCCUCACUUUUGACAAUCUAGCUUAAUGACCCUGAGAGCCACUGAAGAUAUCCUAAGAGACGCAGCUCACAAGUAGCUCAUGUUCAGCUGAUGUCGGUACAAAGGUAUCCACAAGGUUUCUUUCGCUGCUUUGUUUCAGUUGCUGGCAAUCCAGCAUAUGGCUUUCCUCUUCCGAUUAAUACAGAAGUGCGGAUUGUUCACGGCACUUGUACUCCUGGCUGUAAUUGUCAUGCUCUUCCCAAACGAUUUCAGACAAAUAAUCAAACCUGUAACAAGUUACAGCAAUGAUCCUCUGGUUGUGCUGGUAUGGAAUUGGCCCUUCCUCACGAAUUUCACGGCAGGACGUGAUGUUUGCCGGGAUUUGUACGCUAUUGAGAACUGCGUUCUUACAUGCAACAAGUCAAUGUUUGACCGUGCAAGUGUCGUGGCAUUCCACCACAGGGAGCUCCAAAUUAACAUCUCCGACCUGCCACGUGGGACAAGACCUCCCAACCAGAAGUGGCUCUGGGUCUCUCUGGAGUCUCCAUCCAACACAAAGAGGAUUCGUCAACUCAAUGGCCUCUUCAACUGGACUAUGACCUACAGGAAGGAUUCUGACAUCUUCAUCCCUUAUGGAAGUCUGAUGAAAAGAAGCCAACACACCAAUGUUUCUAUUCCUAAGAAAUCUUUUCUCUCUACAUGGGUUAUCAGUAAUUACCAAAAAAAAAGUAGGAGGGCAAAAGUAUAUUUUAAUCUAUCCAAGUACAUGCAAAUUGACAUCUAUGGAAAGUCAGUCAAAAGGUAUCUUGCCAAGAAACUUCUAUUGCCAACAAUAUCAAAAUAUGCCUUUUAUCUUGCAUUUGAAAACUCCAUACACAAAGACUACAUCACAGAGAAACUCUGGAGGAAUUCUUUCAUGGCUGGGUCUGUUCCCGUGGUUCUUGGUCCUCCGCGAGUCAACUAUGAAGAAUUUGUCCCUUCAGACUCCUUCAUUCACGUGAACGACUUUCCCUCUGAAGAGAAGCUGGCCGGCUUCCUAAAGGAUCUCUGGCAGAACAGGACUCGAUAUGAGCAGUAUUUCAACUGGAGGAAACAUUACACAGUUAAGAUGCACACAGACUGGACAGAAAGGUUUUGUACUAUUUGCACUAAAUUUAAUAGUCUUCCUCAGUCAAAAAUAUAUGAUAAUUUACAUGACUGGUUUCAUAAAUAAGGAUUAUUUUUAACAUAUCUCAAAUUAGUAUUUUUAAAAGUAUAUAUUGUCAAUAUAUAUGAAAUAAAACGGUAUUACUCGAGUCAUAGUUUAGAGUCAUAGAAUCGUAUUACUGUUCUGAAAAGUAAUUUUGUUUUGAUAUUCUACUUAGCAAGGGAUUUCCCACAAUUGAUUCUUUGCAAUUAGUAGACACUUGCAGUGAUUUACUCAUAAUAGGAAUUGAAUAUAUACUUGAAAUGGAGGAAGUUAUGUAAAUUGGACAAAUCGGAUUGCUCUUUCAAAGACCUGGUACAGCCAUCAUGGGCCAAGUAGUCUCCUACUGUAUAUUUCUGUCAUUCCAGCUUAAAGUCAGCUUUUGCUGUUAAACCUGCAAAUGCUGGCAUUUACACAUUGGGGUGGCACGGUCGUGCAGAAAGUAGUGUCACUGCUUCACGUCUCCGGUGAUCCAGGUUCAAUACUAAUCUGCGGUGCUGUCUGUGUGGAAUUUGCAUCUUCUCCCCGUGACCGCUUGGGUUUGCCCCCGGUGCUCCAGUUUCCUCCCACACCCAUUAGAUGUGUGGGUCGGCAGGUUAUUUCACCGUUGUAAAUUUCCCUUUGUGUUUGGUGAGUGGGGUCAUAAUUACAUAGGGUAGGAUUAAUAUAUAUAUUUUAUGAUCAGUGCAGAUAGAGUAUCCACAGAACCUCUUUCUAUGCUGUACAGUUCCAUGACUUGAUCAGUAGCUGAAGAAACUAACAUUCUGGGUGGUGACCUUUCCAAAGAAUCAUUUUCACACUUCAGAUUGUUGAUCAGUUUACGUAGGUAGAACUUAAGUGUCGAUGCCUAGUAAAGCAGCCUCGUA